UGUCCCGUAGGUUUUCAAAAUUGCAGCGCGCCCAGCAUGCCGAAUUCAAAACGCAAAAAGAGGAGGUCGUUAGCUGCAAAGAAACGUCGCAAUCAGCUUAGAAAACGUUUGGCAUCGGCUGAUGCUAUUCAACAGACUGUGGAGAUUUCUUCGAUUUCAGAUGACUAUGAACAACAAGGCAAGAUCAGGGAUGAGGCAAACAAUUCUUCUGAAACAACACAUUCGUUUUCAGUGUAUUCUGGCUUGUCGCAGUUGUACAGUUUGUGCGCAGAGCACAUUGAGUCAGCCAAAGACUACGUCUUUCCUUCACGUUGCAUCAAGCGAGAACUGAUGGCCACACGUGAAAGGCUACAUGAAGUGGAAGCAGAACUGGAUGAAUUGAAGCAACAGUCAAACUGUCAGGCUUCGACUCAGACCGCAGUGUCAGCUUCUGUCUCUUUUCCUCCUUCUCCUCCUCCUCCUCCUCCACCACCACCACCACCACCGCUACCACCUCUACUACCAGUGGCACAAAAAGAGAGACGUCUCGUUUGUAUGUCAAAAUCAAGAGACAGGAAACUGCUUGAGGAUAGACAGCCUCGAAUUACACUUCAAGACAUACAAAAUGUUAGACUGAAGUCAGCAAACGUGACGCGAACUCGCCAGCUACAGAAACGAGAUUGCUUGCCAGUGGUUACAUUAUCAGACCUACAAAGUGUCUCACUGAAACGAGUCUCUAAGAAAUCAAAGUCUCCACAUGCAAGGACAUUGAAAUGUCCUGAAGUUCUUGAAUUUCGUAAAUUAUUAAGGAAACGGGAUGUAGCAAGGUCUCCUGGUGGUACACCAUUGGUCUCUAAGGCACAUGACUGCGGCGAAGGAUUAACCCCAUUGAUGACUCGGGCACUCAGGAGAAAGUUUAAGAAUACUCGAUCUCCGUCAUUGUCUCCGCAUCUAGAGAUGUGAAUCACAUGAGCAUCAUAGCAGUGGUGUCAGUUUUAGUGUUGACAUGUGGUGGUGGCAGUUUACAAUAGCUCUCACAACAAGUUCAUCAGCUAGACAUGAAAUAGCGGGUGCGAAUAGUGUGAUUAUUAUGUGACUUGUGGUAACAGGUUGAUUAUGAAUUUUAUGUUGAUUUAAUCAAUUUUUGUCAAGCAUUGGUUGUUUUGAAUUCGUUAUUUUACAGUUUACAUUUAGAUCUAUUAUGUUCAUUA